ACUCAAAAAAAGAACGCGGGACAGUCGGCGAGAACGUCACCGUUGAACUAGAAAACAGUUAAUGCACAACAGCUGCAUUUAAUGUUUUGUUUUGUUUUCUUUUUUUUAAAAAACUAAAGCGAGAAUUUUUUUUUACCUCGGUCUCGUGUUUCUGUGGCCGUUGAGACGUCGCCCCGCCGGGACAGUUUGUCUGCGGCUCCAGGUCGUCGUCGUUGACGCAGGACGUUGUUUGUUUGUUUGUUAGCUAGCUAGCUAGCAGAGUUUAGCUCAGAGCUAAUGGAUCCCCCAGAUGACCUGUCCGCUCGGGUUCUCCUCAGGCAUAUCCAGGACAUGGAACCUCCCAGGACUCCUAUCAACAGCAGUGAGGACCAGGCCCCGAGCGACAGUCCGCUGCCGAGUGGAAGUCCGCUGCAACACGGCAGGCUGCUGCGCAGCAGCAAGACGCAACGUGAAAGUCAGUUCCAAUCCCCACAGAACAUCGUGAGGCGCAGCCUGAGGCAAAAGAUCCACCAGAGCAUAACCCGGAAAUCCCUGCUUGCUACUAAACGAAGAACUCCCUCCAUUGUGCUCAGAAAGCAUUCUGUUUCCACUCUGAGUCCCAGGCAGUUGUUGAAGCUCAUCCAGGAGACGGGACCCGUGAUGUCCCCGCUGGUUCAUGAGAGUGCGCCCCCCGCAGAGCUCCAGCCUCCUUCAGCUGACCCUAACCUUCCAUCAUUACAGUCUAGCAUUGAGCUGUCAGGACUGGAUCUGUCCGACCCAUCCAUGGAGGACGUGAGCAUCCAGAAGGGGCUGAGCAGAAAGAGACCACGUCGAAGCCUUAAUGUUACUGCUUUUCAAAAGCUACUUAAAGAUGCUGCCAAGAAACGAGAGAGUUCAGCUGGGGACAAUUCAUCACUUUCUCCUUCAAGCUCCACCUCCUUGGGUCUGCAGUCACCGUUUGACGCUGACGCAGAGAAGAGCGGCAUUCAGAGGAAGGUUCCUCACCGCAGAAGAACCUCAGGGAGAAGUUUGAUUAAGCAACAGAUCGGAGAUGUGAGCAGUCACAGGCUGUCGGCGCAAAAUAUCGCCGAAGACACAAACUUCGAGGGACUCACCUUGGCUCUGAGCAAACUCAGCGAGACUGAUAUCAUGAACUGCCACACGACUCUGUACGACCCGCAAGGUGCCGUGGACUCCAGCCUUUCGGUCCUUGCGGCUCAGGAUAAACCCACAGCAAGCACCUGUCAGGAGGAAACGCAGGAGGAGCGCGGUGAGAUGGCGGGGGAGAAAUCUGUGGAGGUUUUCUCCGGUGAAGACGGUGCGGCGACAGACGAAUGCGUCCCUGGCUCUCACGGAAAAGAUGAUGUCAAUAAAACUGAAGCUGAGGACAGUCAACCCAAUGAUGACCGCGCAGAUGGAUUUCUGACUUUUGAGAUUGGUGUUAGGGAUGAGUCUGAGGAAGAGGAGGCUGCUGUAGAGCCUCAGGCUGAAGAAGAUGAGGCUGCAGUAGAGCCUCAGGCUGAAGAUGAAGGUAUGGACCCAUCUCAAACUGAGGAAGAGGCUGUAGCUGACUCUCAGUCUGAGGAAGAGGGGGUUGCAGCUGGCGCUCGGACCGAGGACGAAGGUGAAUCGGAGUCCCAAGCUGAAAAUGUUGUAGUUCUGGAGUCCCAAUGCGAUGUAGAAGAGCCUCAGGCUGCGGAGGAUGCGUCUGGUCUUCAGACCAACGACGAGGCGCCCCAGGAGGAAGAGUGGGAGGAGGAAGAGCUGGAGCGCGACACGAGGCACGUCGGUCACAGGGCUUAUCGCUCCGAGGGCGGACUGGUUAUGCCCGUCACCGAGGCGAGAGAGGAUCCGACUGAGGCUGCAGGGAGCUCAGAGAUCGGGUCCAAAAGCCUCGGUGCUUUGGGUUCGAACACCAGUUUGGAAGCGAGUCCGUCUCAAAUGGGAACACCAGAGGAGCCUGAACCGUCGCUCCAAGAAAGGCUGGAAAAUGAGGCGGUGGGCAGGAAAAGCUCCUCGUUUCACCUUGUCCAGGUGAGCCAUGAUGCUGAAGCCUGUGAGCGGCGGAGCGAUGGCGGAGACGCUCCGGCUGAGGAUGCUGCAGAACAGCAGGAAGAGUGGGAUGAUGAUGAGGAUGAUGAUGAGGAAGACACUCAUUAUGAAGAACUUCCUGACAAGACGCCAGCGUUUGUCAAACAGAAGAGGAUCUUUUUAGCCUCCAAUCCUCCACCGUUAACUUUGCAUGUUGAAAACGUUCAAGCAAGCAGUUCAAGUGAAGCUUUACCUAAAGCUAAACAGAAGCAGGUGAGACGAAAGAAAACAGAAGCCGUCCUCCCCAAGACGUGCCUUAUGAGUGUCUUCAAGCACUUUGCCAAAACAAAAGUCUCUGCGGAUGUCUUCCCUGCGCUAAACAACGUAAUGGAUAAGUUCUUGGACCGUCUGUCUCUGGACCUGGAGACGUAUGCAGCCCACGCCAAGAGGAAAACUAUUACAGUUGAUGAUGUUAAGCUUCUGUUGAGAAGACAGGGCUACAUAAAUGAUAAGAUGCCAGUGGAGGUGCUGAUUGAGAAGUAUCUACGCAUGGAACAGCGAAGGAUCCUAAUCCCCAUCGCAACCAGUGGAAAUGUUGUGGUCCCCAAAAUAAAGAAAUGAUCCCCCCCUUUUUUUUUUUUUUUUUAAAUCGCCAGUCUGAUAUUUUCUUCUCAGGCUUGCAUGCGAAGAAAUUCUUUCUGGCAUUUUAUUUAGUAUUAUACUGUAUAUAAAAUGUAAAUGUUUUUUGUAAAUGCUUUAAUGUUAAGUGUUUUGUCUAUUUGUUUGGCACCAUGUUGUAAGUCUAUCUUCAUUGUAUUGUCUGUGUAUCAUUCCAAUAAAAGCUUUAUUUAAGCCUCUGUCCCAUUACCUCAGUUAAUAACAUUCAUUCUAAUAUGAGGAAAAGUAUUUCAACAAAACUUGCUUUACUUGUUCCAGGGGAUUUUAGCUAUUGUAUCUUUUUAGAUGGGCAUAAUCUUUAUUUUUUUUCCCUGUUCUUUAUUUAUUUUAUUCCUGCUCUUUGAUUUAAUGUUUAUUGGAUUGAGUGUUUUAUUGUUGAUUCUGUAAGGUGACCUUGAGUGUUGAGAAAGGUGUCUAUAAAUAAAAUGUAUUGUGUAUAAUUAAGUUACGAAACUAUUGCAGAAUAAAAUGUUGAACAUUUUA